AUGGACGCGGUGGAGGUGACAGCCGCGCGCGAAGGGUCGCCUUCUCCUCAGGAUGCUCCGCUGCAGCCCCAGGACUUGGCGAGGGCCCAGCUGCUCGUCUCGGUGGCCGUGGCCCUGCUCGUGCUCCUCGCCUCGUGUCUCCUGAUUUGGAUAUUUGUGCGGACCAGAAAGAGCAGUCGGAGAGCAGUGCUUCUGGUGGGUCUGUGUGACUCAGGGAAAACACUUCUGUUUGUUAGGCUAUUAACAGGCAAUUUCCGAAAUACACAGACUUCUAUAACUGAUAGCUCUGCCUUGUACAGAGUAAAUAAUGACAAGAGAACAAAUGUGACAUUGAUUGACCUUCCAGGCCAUGAGAGCUUGCGUCUUCAGUUCUUGGAUAGGUUCAAGGCUGCAGCUAGGGCAAUUGUAUUCGUUGUGGAUAGUGUAGCAUUCCAGCGGGAGAUGAAAGAUGUGGCUGAAUUCCUGUACCAGCUCCUGAUUGACAACGUAGUGCUGAAAAAUGCACCUCCCCUGCUAAUAGCCUGCAACAAGCAAGAUGUUACAAUGGCAAAAUCUUCCAAACUCAUACAACAGCAGCUGGAGAGAGAACUCAAUACCUUACGAGUGACCCUCUCAGCUGCCCCAAGCACAUUGGAAAGCACAGGCUCUGGAUCUGUCUCCCAGCUUGGGAAGAAGGGCAAGGAGUUUGACUUCUCCCAACUGCCCAUGAAAGUGGAAUUUAUUGAAUGCAGUGCCAGAGGAGGCAAGGGAGAGGAGGGUAGUGCUGAUAUUGAAGACCUGGAAAAAUGGCUAGGAAAAAUUGCCUGA